CAACUCUUUUUUGAUUUUCUUUAAUCAACCAUGAAUUUCAUUGACAGAGUUUGGAAAUACAACUGAAUAAAGAGUAUGAACCCUGCAUCAGCAAUGGAAAACUUAACCCUGGCCACCAACGAUUCAGAAUGUUACUCAGCCGACAACACAUCGAGGCGAAGGCCAUUUUUCAUCUUCUACGGGGCUGUCAUCAUAACUGCCAUCCCGUCCAAUGCCUUCUUCCUCUAUGUAUCCUGGCAGCACAUUAGACAGAAGAACGAACUUGGUGUCUACAUGUUCAGCCUGGCGCUGAGUGACCUGACCUUCACUAUUGGCCUUUCUCUGUGGAUGGACUUCCUGUGGCGAGGAGUUUGGACAUUCGGAGGCUUAGUUUGUGUGCUGUCCGUCUACAUUCUCUUCACCAACUUCUACACCAGCGUGGCUCUCCUCUGCUGCAUCGCUGUUGAUCGCUACCUGGCAGUGGUUCACCCAUUGAAGUACACGUGUCUGAGGAAAGUUGCCACCGCUGCAGGGAUCUGUGUUGCCAUUUGGGUGUUAGUGGCCUGUUUCAACGCCACCACCGUCACUUUGGAAGACUCGUACCAUGAAAACAAUACAUUUGCAGUGUGCUUCGACGUCUUCCUCCCGCUGUCAAAGCACCAGGUUCAUGCUAAUGUAGCGCGCUUCUUCUUGGGGUUUGUUAUUCCGGUUCUCCUGGUGUUUUUUUCCACCUGGGGGAUAUGUGUGGCGGUGAAAUCCAACCAGGCCACACAGAAGGAGGAAUGCAAACGGAUUACAAAACUUUUGACUGUAGUUCUGGUCUGCCUUGUGUUUUGUUUUGGACCUAUCCACAUCAUGAUGCUUCUCCGUACACUGAUGAAUGACUGCAAGAGUUUUGCAUGGAUUUUCUAUCUAUACAAGAUCAGUACUGCUGUCUCAAGCCUCAAUUGCCUUCUAGAUCCACUCCUUUACUGUUUCAUGACUAGAACAGGGAGGGCGAAUAUCAAUCAGGUUGUCCUCUUCUUUCAGAGAAAGAAGAGAAGCACAGGUGAUGGUGUAACAACUUAA